AUGGUAUCGUACCCUCCCGACGAGCCAGCUUCCACCAUCCUCCUGGAACAAACGUUCGUAGCAGGCGACUUCAUAUGCGGCAUAGGAUAUGGAAUCCAGAUUGUACUCUUCUUCUCAUGUGCAAUCUACCUCUGGAAGCAGCGCAAGAGUAGACCGCAAACAAUGUUCCUCCUGGCGUACAUCAUCGUCUUGUUCUGCGUCGAAACAAUCUUCGAGGCUGUCCAAGCCCGCACGGUACAGGUCAUCUAUAUUGACAAUCGUGCCUAUCCUGGAGGACCGUGGCAAUACUUUCUGGACACCCAGAACCUGGCCAUCAACGUGAUUUUCUACGCGACUACUUUCAUAUUGACUUUCCUGUCGGACUUCCUGGUGCUUUGGAGGUGCUGGGUUAUAUGGACCGCAUCUGGUAGGCUGGCGGCCUACUUAGCGACAGCAUUCCCAGCUCUCCUGCUGUUGGCUUCUUUUGUCAUGGGCACACUGUGGACGUUGCAGUCCAGUCAGCCUGGCCUAUCAUUAUACAGCAAGUUACCACUUGCGUAUGGUACAUCAUAUUACGCCAUCUCACUCAGCGUCAACAUUAUCUUGACCAUCCUCAUCACUUUCCGCCUCCUGUUGUACCGUCACAGGAUCAAGGAAUCGCUUCCUGAGGAACAUGCCAAACACUAUGUGUCUCUCCUCACCAUCAUCAUCGAAUCCGCUGCUCUGUACUCGUUGUUCUCUAUCCUGUUCCUCAUCACGUACGCCGUGAACAACCCUACCAAUCAAAUCUUCCUUGGAAUGGCGUCCUCAGCUCAACAAAUCGCCGGCUAUCUUAUCAUAUACAGAGUUGCGGAGGGUAGGGCUUGGAAGAAGGACACGCUGACGCAAUCGACGCUCCCCACGAUGAACUUCCAGCCAGGCAAGAAAGAAAAGUCGGGGACGGACAGCUCAGCGACGCAGACACAGAUGUUCGGUGUAUCCACUCAUGGUGUAUCCUUAACGCCAGCCGCUUCUAUUAGCGAUUAG